AUGCCGGACCCCGCCGCGCACCUGCCCUUCUUCUACGGCAGCAUCUCGCGCGCCGAGGCGGAGGAGCACCUGAAGCUGGCGGGCAUGGCGGACGGGCUGUUCCUGCUGCGCCAGUGCCUGCGCUCGCUGGGCGGCUACGUGCUGUCGCUGGUGCACGACGUGCGCUUCCACCACUUCUCCAUCGAGCGCCAGCUCAACGGCACCUACGCCAUCGCGGGCGGCAAGGCGCACUGCGGGCCCGCCGAGCUCUGCGAGUUCUACUCCCGGGACCCCGACGGGCUGCCCUGCGCCCUGCGCAAGCCGUGCAACCGGCCGUCCGGCCUGGAGCCGCAGCCCGGCGUCUUCGACUGCCUGCGCGACGCCAUGGUGCGCGACUACGUGCGCCAGACCUGGAAGCUGGAGGGCGAGGCGCUGGAGCAGGCCAUCCUGAGCCAGGCGCCCCAGGUGGAGAAGCUCAUCGCCACCACGGCCCACGAGCGGAUGCCCUGGUACCACAGCAACCUGACCCGCGAGGAGGCGGAGCGCAAACUCUACGCCAGCUCGCAGACCGACGGCAAGUUCCUGCUGAGGCCCCGGAAGGAGCAGGGCACGUUCGCCCUGUCCAUGGUCUACGGGAAGACCGUGUACCACUACCUCAUCAGCCAGGACAAGGCCGGCAAGUACUGCAUCCCCGAGGGCACCAAGUUCGACACGCUGUGGCAGCUGGUGGAGUACCUGAAGCUGAAGGCCGAUGGGCUCAUCUACUGCCUGAAGGAGGCCUGCCCCAACGCCAGCGCCAGCGCCAGCGCAGGGGCCGCAGCUCCCACCCUCCCUGCCCACCCGUCCACGUUCUCCCAGCCUCAGAGACGGAUCGACACCCUCAACUCGGACGGAUACACGCCUGAACCAGCUCGCCUGGCGUCCCCCGAGAGGCCGCGGCCCCUGCCCAUGGACACGAGCGUGUACGAGAGCCCGUACAGCGACCCCGAGGAGCUCAAGGACAAGAAGCUGUUCCUGAAGCGCGACCACCUGCUGGUGGCGGACAUCGAGCUGGGCUGCGGCAACUUCGGCUCCGUGCGCCAGGGCGUCUACCGCAUGCGCAAGAAGCAGAUCGACGUGGCCAUCAAGGUGCUGAAGCACGGCACGGAGAAGGCGGACCGGGACGAGAUGAUGCGGGAGGCGCAGAUCAUGCACCAGCUGGACAACCCCUACAUCGUGCGGCUCAUCGGCGUGUGCCAGGCCGAGGCCCUGAUGCUCAUCAUGGAGAUGGCGGGCGGCGGGCCGCUGCACAAGUUCCUCCUCGGGAAGAGGGAGGAGAUCCCGGUGAGCAACGUGGCGGAGCUGCUGCACCAGGUGUCCAUGGGGAUGAGGUACCUGGAGGAGAAGAACUUCGUGCACCGCGACCUGGCGGCGCGCAACGUGCUGCUGGUGAACCGGCACUACGCCAAGAUCAGCGACUUCGGGCUGUCCAAGGCGCUGGGCGCCGACGACAGCUACUACACCGCCCGCUCGGCGGGGAAGUGGCCCCUGAAAUGGUACGCGCCCGAGUGCAUCAACUUCCGCAAGUUCUCCAGCCGCAGCGACGUGUGGAGCUACGGGGUCACCAUGUGGGAGGCCUUCUCCUACGGCCAGAAGCCCUACAAGAAGAUGAAGGGGCCGGAGGUGAUGGCCUUCAUCGAGCAGGGCAAGCGCAUGGAGUGCCCGCCCGACUGUCCGCCCGAAAUGUACGCGCUGAUGAGCGACUGCUGGACCUACAAGUGGGAGGACCGCCCGGACUUCCUGACUGUGGAGCAGCGCAUGCGGACCUACUACUACAGCUUGGCGAGCAAGCCCGAGGGCCCCCCGGAGGGAGGGCAGGGGGCCAAGCCCGCCAGUGCCUGA